AUGUACACUCCAUUAAUGGAAGAUGUUCCGGAAAAAACAAGUCAUUCCUCUGCCGUGCUUGAUGCUCUUCCAUCCAGGCCGUCUUCUCAAAGAUUCAUUCAACAUUCAGAAGAUCAUGACGUUGUUCGAGGGAAAGAUCCAAAUUUAAAUCUUACAGGAGACAAAAAGAAACAGUCAGAAAAUAAAUUUGAUUUGGGAAAAUCUGCCAUAGGUUUUGCUUCAGCUGAGUCCCCAGCCCUUCAAGAAGGUACCAGUCAAAAUGAGCUCUUGCAGCUUAUCUCAAGUUUCCAUUCAUAUGAAAUCUGA